CUGCUGCCAGUAAGCCUGUAGCUGUCAUCUGUCCGAAAUAUCGUGUUGCUUUGAAUACUUUUAACAGGUAGUGAUGAUGGUUUUGCCUACGCUGGGGCAAAUGGGGCAGCGCGGGUUUCGCUUUUUCUCCUUAUCCGCAUUAUUUAUCAUGGGCAACCCUAUGUCGACGAAAGUACCUCGAUGACCGCCGAGAAGCAAGACUCAGGAGGUUCUGGAGAUGUUUUCGUUGAAGAUGGCGUUCAUCAAGUUCAGGACAAGACCCUCAGCUGGCAGGCUGUCAGCCUCCUCAUGAUAGCCGAAAUCGUCAGCAAUGGUAUCCUGACUCUCCCAAGCGCACUAGCAGUCGUUGGUGAGCCCGCUAUCCUGUGAAUCCAUGAGGGACAACGUUUUUAUAAAUCUUCAGUGUUGAUACUAGUAUUGCACCGGGACCUCGUAUACAUCAACCCACGGGUCCUCACUGUCAUCCGUCGGGUCGGCGAGUGUUUCAUCUACUACAACUUCUGCGAGCCAAACUCCGACAUCAACUUCUGGAGCACUUGCGAC